AUGAAAACUUUGUUUUUGUUGCUUCUCUUCUGUCGUGUUUCAUCAACAGGUAAGAUAGUGAAACACUCACUGAAAAUUUUCAUCUCUGGAUUAUCUGGAGUCUCAGACCUUCCUGAGCUUGUGCUUAUUGCAUCGGUUGAUGGCAUCCAGACUCUGUACUGUGACGGCAUCAACAAGAAAUUAGAGCCAAAAUUGGACUGGCAGAAAAAAGUCUUUCAAAAUGAUCCGGAUCAAUUAAAGAUGUACACUCAGUUUUGCUUUGUGGUGUAUCCUGACCGCUUCAAAUCCGAGAUUUCCAGUCUGAAACAGGACUUCAACCAAAGUGAAGGUGUUCACAUUUUACAGCUUAUAUAUGGCUGUGAAUGGGAUGAAGAGACUGGAGAAGUUGCUGGCAUUGUGCAGUAUGGUUAUAAUGGAGAAGACUUCAUGGCUCUGGAUCUGAAGACAUUAACAUGGGUCGCUUUGAAACCUCAGGCCAUCUCCACCAAAGUGAAAUGGGAUUCAGAGAUAGAUAGAAAAAAAUCUAACAAGUACUUCUACACACAGACUUGUCCUAAGUGGCUGAAGAUGUAUCUAGACUAUGGGAGGAGCUCUCUGUUGAGAACAGACGUCCCCUCAGUGUCUCUCCUCCAGAAGACUCCCUCCUCUCCAGUCAGCUGCCACGCUACAGGUUUCUACCCUGACAGAGCCUUGAUGUUCUGGAGGAAAGAUGGAGAGGAGAUUCAUGAAGGAGUGGAACAUGGAGAGAUCCUCCCCAACCAUGAUGGAUCCUUCCAGAUGAAUGUUGACCUGAACAUUUCAUCAGUCUCACCUGAAGACUGGAGGAGGUGCGACUGUGUGUUUCAUCUCUCUGGUGUGGAGGACGACAUCAUCAUCAAACUGGAUGAAACACAGAUCAGAACCAACUGGGUUGAGAAGUCCAGUAACCAGACCACCACCAUCAUCUCUGCAGUGGUUGUUGUUGUUGUCGUCUUUGCAGCAGCUGCUGGAUUCAUGGUUCAUAAAAAGAAACAAGGUUCUUGGUCAUGGGGGCAGCAGCUUCAGCAGGGAAGUCCAGAUGGCCCUCUCCCCGGCCACUUCCACUGGCUCCUCCGGAGGAACCCCCAGCCACUCCCAGGCCAGACGGGAGAUGACAUCCCUCAAUUUUGUAGUGGGAACCCCAAGGCCUCCGUCUGGAGCACCCCUCCACAGAAUGCCUCUGGGGACAUGGUCAUAAGCCUUCUCCAAAUCCACAAAACGCAUGUGGACUGGUUGGACAAACUCCCAUCUCCUCUUCUGUACCCUUGUGAGGGUAACAAGCUGGUCCAUGGUUCCAUGCCAGGGACAAAAUCCGAGGAGUGUGAUCCCACUGUAGUCGGAACACAUCCUCUGGUCCCCUUUCUUAAAGAUGGAUCCGGGAGCUCCACCACUGGGGAGUUGUUUCACUACCUUGAUGACUUCUGCUGA